AAGAAGCGGAAAGUAAGAAGAAAAAUGGGUACUCUCUCGAUUGUUGAAUUCGACGAACUUCCAUCCCCGGCUCAUUUCUUCUCUCACAUUGAAUCUAAAAGCAUUCCUGCGGUAUUUCAUGGUUGCGUUAAACAUUGGAAAUGUUUUUCCAAAUGGAACCCUUGUAAAGGUGGUCUCGACUAUUUACAGGAAAGAGCAGGGUCUUCUAUUGUGGAGGCUAUGUUGUCGAGAACAGCACCUGUGUUUUAUGGUGAUCUUAGAAGUCAUGAGCGGGUUCCGUUGCUGUUCUCUAUUUUCAUUUCAUCUUGUAAAAAGCUAAGAAGUUCUGAUAAUGGUUCUGGAGUGUCUGUUGAUCAAGAAGGUGUUGGAGUGACAGAGCCUACCUUAGAAGAAGAAACUUGUUUGCCUUCUACCAGUUCUCUUCAUCAAAUCUACUUAGCGCAGGUGCCAAUUGUGAAUUUGGAGAAUAAGGAGAAGUCUCAGUUGGACAUUCUACGAGAAGACAUUCAAAUGCCAAAAAUUCUGAAGGCAAAAACAUUAACUUCUAUCAACUUGUGGAUGAACAAUGCAAAAUCAAGGUCUAGUACACAUUAUGAUCCAGACCAUAACCUACUAUGUGUGGUUGCUGGAUGCAAACAAGUUGUUCUGUGGCCGCCUUCUGCCGUUUCAUCAUUAUAUCCAAUGGCUAUAUACAGUGAGGCCUCAAAUCACAGUUGUGUUGAUCUAGAAAAGCCAGACUUGUCAACUCAUUCAAGAGCGCAAAACUCUAUGAUGUACUCCCAAAAAGUUACUCUGCAAGCGGGUGACGCACUUUUCAUUCCUGAAGGCUGGUUGCACCAAGUGGAUAGCGACGACGUCACAAUAGCUGUUAACUUCUGGUGGCGAUCUAGUAUUAUGACUAGUUUACCAGAACACAUGGAUGCAUAUUAUCUACGCACUAUCUUAAGAAGAUUGGUGAAGACGGAAAUGGAUCAAAUGUUAUAUGAAACUUCAAUUAGUAUUGAGAAUUCCGGACAGGAGGAUUCUUGCCAGGUUGACGACGGACAAGGUCAGCGUGAGCACAAUCUAGAAAAGAACUCGUACAGUGAGCAGUCGCAAGGGACCAUUAAACAUAAGAGGAUAACGAUACAGCAAAUGGACACAGUUUCCCUGCAAGCUCUUCAUCAACUUGUUUCUUUAGUUCAUGAUGGAGUGAACAUUGCUAGUCAAAGUGAACAACUGCAAUCAACACCAAUGGAAGAUGAAUGCAAGAAGGAUGUUCAUCCUAAUCCAUUUUGCUUGGAAGAUGAUCCAGUUGCUAAGGUCAUUUCGGCUCUGGAGCCACUUCAACUUCAAAAUGUCUUGCUUGGCAUGGUGCAUAAUUUUCCAAGAACGUUGGAGGCACUAAUACUGCAAAUGCUUUCACCUGCGUCAGCAGAAGUACUGACGAGGAAGUUUGAUGAAAUAGAUCAAUUGACGAGUCAAGGAAACCGGGAUGAAUUCUACCAGGCUGUUUAUGGUGUUUUUGAUGAUCAAUUUGCUGCCAUGAAUGCUGUUCUGAAUGGCAAAGAGUCAUUUGCACGCCAGGCGUUCAAGAAUGUACUGGAUAAAUAUUUGGGAGUAAAUUUUGAUGGACAAAAAUUGUAAGUUGGGUGAGAUAUCUUAUCAAUCUGAAGUGGACUACACUACUUAGAUUUGUUUCUCACUUGUUUUAGAUUAUGUAGGAUGCAGAACAUUGUUAAGAAUCAAAUGUCUUGUCUUUGUCUGUAGUAGUACCUGCAGUUUUAUCAAUCAGUUUUGUGAAAACAUAAUUUCUGACUGAAUGUAUUAAUAUAUUCUCUUUCCA